AGUUGAUGACCCUAAAUAACCUGACUGUGUUUUUUUAACAGGCGCGACAAAAUUAUGAAUUACUUCUCGGUGAUGUACCAGAAGAAACUUAAGAAAGAUGGAGGAGAGGAAGGAGAGGAAGGAGAAGAGGCCACAAAGAAGAAAGGAUCUUCAAGCAAGAACUUGAGACUCUCAGAAAUGGAUGAUUGGAUGUCUGAUGAUGAGUCAGGUAGCAAUGAAGAAAUUGAUGAAGAAGAACGUGAAAUGCAAAAGAAGAAGAAAAAGAAGGUUCAGUCCAAAGGCAGACACCAACAUGGGGGGAAGAAGAAAAAGAAUCCAGAUGGAGACAGUGAAGAAGAUUGCCUGGAGGAGAGUGAUGAAUACAACGAUGGGGCCGAGCAUGACUAUAUCUCAAGUGAUUCUUCAGACUCUGAAGCUGAGAAUGAUGAGGUUGUCACCAAGGAGCUAGCAGGAGUUGAUGAAGCAGAUGCCCUGAGGAAACUCCUAGGUUCUGAAGAUGAGGAAGAGGAAGAGAAGGAGAAGGAGAAAGAAGAGGAGGAUGAGGAGAAGAAGGAAGGGGAGGAGAAAGAGGAGAAGGAGAAGAAAAAGAAGAAGAAGAAGAAAAAGGAUAAGAAGAAAGAUCAAGACUCCGAUGCCAAGACCUCCGACACCAGUGAUGAUGAAAAGAAGAAGAAAAAGAAGGAUAAAGAUGAUAAAUCGUCUGACAAGGACAAAAAUGAUGAAGAUGGGACUGGCAAGCGUAAAUUGGGGAAAUCAGGCGCAUCAGACAGCCUUGCCAAGAAGGCUCGAUCCGACAUCCCAACACCUGGAUCUUCCACUCCCCUGGUGGCCCCCGGCAGUGAUAGUGGCGUAACAGAGGAAGCUAUCAGACGAUACCUGAUGCGCAGACCCAUGACCACAACCGAACUCCUCCAGAAAUUCAAACUCAAGAAGAAGACAGGCCUGAGCUCCGACCAACUCGUCCAGGCCAUCGCCCAUAUCCUGAAGCGCAUCAAUCCCAUAAAACAGAUGGUGACGGGGAAAAUGUACCUGUCACUGAAGCAAUAGGCCUUCAUCUGAUAACAUUUUUUUUUUUUCUUCAUUUUUGCAGUUCAAUCUUUCUUUUUCUCCUCUGUGUGAUAAUGCUGGUUGUGUGAAGAAUGGAUGUGGAUAUUUUUUCAUAGUUUAAUUUAGAUCAAAUACAAGUGUUUCAUGCUGACUGUAUACUGCAUGAAAUUAGGCCAAAUGAACUCUAAAUAGAAUAAGUCUCAUAUUUCUUAUUUCAUGAUGUAGGGGUAUUGUUAUUGCCUCUUCUAUAUAUUUGUAUAAUUAUAUAUAUAUAUAGCUUGUCAGUAGUUAUGUUACCAUCCAUUACUGAGCAUGAUUGACAUAUUCCAUUCAUGAUUGAGCAGUGUAAAUGUGUUAUUUUAAAUAAAAAUAGUAUGUAUGUGUGAAA